UUAAAUGCGUGAGCCACCGUGCCCGGCCUGUAUUCAUCAAUAUUUUAUUAAGCCAAAGAAACAGGAAAUCCGGACUAUUAUCUAUUUGUCCGUUUUAGCUGUUGUAAAUAUUUCCCCAAAAUUUACUUACCUAAAAAUUUUUCUUAUAUUCUUUACCAUUUGGAAAUUUUGGAUGCUUAUAAGUUACUAUCAAGAUUUACAAAGUAUUACAUGAAGAUUCAAAAAACUUUUUUUAAUUUCUUAUUUUACGUUUAAGAAGCCUAUCCCAGAACAAAAAUAAUAAAACUAUUUAGCAGUUAUUUCUUCAGAUGAUUUUUUUAGUCAAGUUUUUAGUCAAAUGUAUUCGUGUCCAAAGAUGAAGAACAUAAUAAUGUCAUGUAUUGAAAAAUGUGAUGGAACUUCAAAUCCUCGUAUAGGACGUGAGUCCAUUUACCUAGCACUUGAUGAGACAAGCUGGGCCUGUCGAGUGGUAUUAAAAGUCCCGGUCCCAAGUGUUACCAAGGAGGCCGGCGCCAUCUCAGGGGCCCUGACGGUUUCGGCGCCCCACCCUGAGGAGCUCACACCCAUCCAGCAGGUGAUCCCUUCCGAGGCUACCUGGAUCGCUUUCCACUCAGACUUGCCUCCUACUGGCCCUGAGAACGCACUAACUCCACCCUAAACCUCAUGUCAGGGGCCCCAGUAGCGGCGGAUCUGCGCAUGCGCACUCCUAGGCAAGGCGGCCACUCCCAGAAGUCUCCGGGGCUCGGGCGUUGGGAGGGGCGCGCCAUCCCAGUGGUCACCGCCGUAUUUCUCGUAGGUUUUUAGGACUCUGGACCCCACUUCUCACCCGUGCCUGCAGUCCUGACAGUUCUGGCCUGGACUACAUAUUCCACAGGCAACGGAGAAAACUCCGACCCUUGGCUCCCGUUCCGGGACCUCUGGCUCUGCGCUGCGCGAGACUUUGUUUCACCUGAAGAAGGCGGCGCAGGUCACUGCGGGAGCCUCUGCAGCCCCAGCCCGCCGCCCGCGUGGGACCCUGCGUGGCGGUCUUGGUUUUUUGACUUUGCUCUUCUGGUAGAGAAACCCUGAGGACUGAUCAACUCUUGCCAGUCUCAAACCAUGGCCUGUGAAUCGAUAACAUUCGGGGAUGUGGCCAUAGACUUCUCUCAUCAGGAGUGGGAAUAUCUCAACCUGGUUCAGAAGACCUUGUACCAGGAGGUGAUGAUGGAGAAUUACGAUAACUUAGUCUCACUGGCAGGACAUUCCAUAUCUAAGCCAGAUUUAAUCACCUUAUUGGAGCAAGGAAAAGAGCCAUGGAUGAUUGUGGGGGAAGAAACAAGAGGAGAAUGUACAGAUUUGGAUUCAAGGUGUGAAAUAAUCAGCGAUGGGAAAAUGCACCUUUAUAGGAAACAGUCAUGUGUUACUCUCCAUCAGAGAAUUCAUAAUGGACAGAAACCAUACGAGUGUAAGGAAUGUCAGAAGGCCUUUAGUCAUCUUACAGAACUCAUAGUACAUCAAAGAAUUCAUACUAGUGAGGAACCUGAUCAACGUGAAGAGUUUGGGAAGGCAUUUAGCCAUCUUACAGACCUUAGAGAGCAUCAGAAAAUUCAUGCUCGUGAGAAACCUUAUGAAUGUGAAGAAUGUGGGAAAGUCUUCAGUUAUCCUGCAAACCUUGCUCAACAUGGGAAGGUUCAUGUUGAGAAACCCUAUGAAUGUAAAGAGUGUGGGGAAGCUUUUAGGACUAGCCGUCAACUUACUGUACAUCACAGAUUUCAUUACGGUGAGAAACCCUACGAAUGUAAGGAAUGUGGCAAAGCCUUUAGUGUGUAUGGACGACUUAGUCGACAUCAGAGUAUUCACACUGGUGAGAAGCCCUUUGAAUGUAACAAAUGUGGGAAGUCCUUUAGGCUCAAAGCAGGCCUUAAAGUACAUCAGAGUAUUCAUACUGGAGAGAAGCCACAUGAAUGUAAGGAAUGUGGAAAGGCCUUUCGUCAGUUUUCCCACCUUGUAGGUCAUAAAAGAAUUCAUACUGGAGAAAAACCCUAUGAAUGCAAGGAAUGCGGUAAGGGCUUUACAUGUAGGUAUCAACUUACUAUGCAUCAGAGAAUUUAUUCUGGGGAGAAACCUUAUGAAUGUAAAGAAAAUGGGGGGGCUUUUAGUAGUGGCCAUCAACUUACUGCACCUCAUACAUUUGAAAGUGUUGAGAAACCUUAUAAGUGUGAGGAAUGUGGGAAAGCCUUUAGUGUGUAUGGACGACUUACUCGACAUCAGGGUAUUCAUAGUGGUAAGAAACCCUUUGAAUGUAACAAAUGUGGGAAGUCCUUUAGGCUGAAUUCAUCCCUUAAAAUACAUCAAAAUAUUCAUACAGGUGAGAAACCCUACAAAUGUAAGGAAUGUGGGAAGGCCUUCAGUCAGCGCGCACACCUUGCCCAUCAUAACAGAAUUCAUACUGGUUACAAACCCUUUGAAUGUAAAGAAUGCGGGAAGUCCUUUCGUUGUGCCUCAUAUCUUGUCAUACAUGAGAGAAUUCAUACAGGAGAGAAACCCUAUGUAUGUCAAGAGUGUGGGAAGGGUUUUAGUUAUAGCCAUAAACUCACUAUACAUCGCAGAGUUCACACUGGUGAGAAACCUUAUGAAUGUAAGGAAUGUGGGAAGGCCUUUAGUGUAUCUGGACAACUUACUCAGCAUCUGAGUAUUCAUAGUGGUAAGAAACCCUUUGAAUGCAACAAAUGUGGGAAGUCUUUUAGGUUCAUUUCUGUACUUAAAGCCCAUCAGAAUAUUCAUAGUGCCGAGAAACCCUACGAAUGUAAGGAAUGUGGCAAGGCCUUUCGUCAUGCCACAAGCCUCAUAUAUCAUGACCGAACUCAUGCUGGUGAAAAGUCCUAUGAAUGUAAAGAAUGUGGGGAAACUUUUAGUCAUGCUUCACAUCUUAUUAUUCAUGAGAGAAUUCAUACCAGUGAUAAACCCUAUGAAUGUAAAAGAUGUGGGAAGGCAUUUCGCUGUGCCUCAUAUCUUGUUAGACAUGAAAGGGUUCAUGCUGAUGGAAAUCCCUAUAUGUGUGAAGAGUGUGGGAAAGCUUUUAAUAGUAGCCAUGAACUUAGUAUACAUCAUAGAGUUCAUACUGGUGAGAAACCCUUUAAAUGUAAUAAAUGCAGAAGGUCCUUUAGGCUUAGAUCCAUCCUUGAAGUACAUCAGAGAAUUCAUAUUUGAUAGAGAAACUGUGGCAUAUACAGGUAGUAAAAAAAGCACAUUCUGUCAAUUGAUUUAUCCCACUGAACAAUUUGAAGACAAUGUGGAAUGGCUUUGAGAUACAGUUCAGUUUUUGUUAGGCAUCAAUUUGUAUUGGUGUGAACUUUUCAAAAUGUAAAUACGCAGUUUCUUUGGUAAGAACUGUGUUAACACAGAUUCAGAGAAUUUAUUAUGUAUUUUUUUAAUAACAUAAGAAAACCUUUUCUGAUAUUCCUCUAGUUUUGGAUUGCCAAAAUAAUCAUAGUAGAGGAAAACUGAGAGAAUGCAGGAAACCAUUCUUUAUACUUGCAUGUAAACAUCUUGCAGCAACAAUCAUUUAUUGUUAAACCUGGGAAAAGUCAUUAAACAGGAAACCUCUGUCGAUAUAAGCGAUGAUGGGAAAGGCUAUUUAGCCAUUCUGCAUAUUUUUUUUUUUUUUUUUUU